AUGCUUAAAAAUAAAAUGGAUUCUUUACAUGUAAUUCCUGGAAAAGGCCUUGGCGGACAAUUUACCCUUGGCAUGAGCAUCACCAAAGCUAUCAAUAAAUUCAAAAAUCUCAGCACCAAAAUCCCAGAAGUUCAAGUAGUCGAAGAAAUAGAAACUAAAAGAAUUUAUCUGAUAGUCCCUGAUUGCCGAAUUAAAUUGGUAUUUGACGAGCUCUAUCAGAAACUAAUUAUUAUUGAAAUAAAUUGUACUGAAUGUGAAGCACCAAAUAUCCUCAUUGUUUUUAAAUCCCAAAUGUACUCGAAUUAUCAAGAAAUUCUUAAUGAUUUGGAGGACUCAUUUAUGCCGAAUUAUUUAGAUGAAAAUAUUAUAUUGGAGACUUAUCAUGGCAUGAGCAUAAUACGUGAUCAAGGAAAAUUAUCAAAAAUUUUAAUUCAUAAAGGGAAUAAACUGCCAGAAAUUCAGGGGAUACAAAUGCCAAAAAUCAAUGAAUAUUUGGUAUAUUUGAAUGAAAAAAUCAUAGUAAAAACACCUAAUGGGAAAUCAAUUGAGCUUGCUUGAGGGUCAUUUCCAGAGACUGUUAUUGAGAUCUUAGGCCCGCCUGAUGAGCUAUUUUAUAAGCAAAGCCAAAAUGUGCAAUCCAAUGACUAUUUUUAUAAUUAUUUUUCAGAGGGCUUUGACUUGAUGUUUGAUGGAAACUCUAACCAGUUAAAAAAAGCAAUCCUAUAUACAAAUAUGCCAGAUUAUUAUUUAUUUAACGAAUAUGACCGCUGUAAUUUUAAACUUUUUGUUAAUGAGCAUCUAGUGAAUCCGCUUACAAAGUGGGAUGAAAUUAUAGAGAUUUUUGAAGGCCAUCCAAAAGAUGAAGGAAAUAGAAGGUAUCCGUAUGGGUUUGAGCCGACAAGAUAUUUCAGCUUUAAAGGGGUGUUGUUUGAAGUUUCAAAUUCGGGAUAUAUAGGAAGUAUUACAAUUUCUUUAUAG